AUGGCCGCUAAAGCGUCACAAACCUUUAAGGGCUCAGAUGAGAGGUUCGAUAUUGACAAAUGCGCCGCAGUCAUUAGCAAUGAUCCUGCAAAAAUCUACGAAGAGUACAACUACCUCCGGAAGCAUUGCCCCAUCAUCCAUACAAACCAGUACGGGGGAUACUGGAUAAUGACGCGCUACGAGGAUGUUAAGAGAGCUGCCAUGAACUCUGACACCUAUAUCUCCAGCGUCAAAGCUGUGGUCCCCAGUGAUCCCAGAGGCAUCCGUCGGCCGCCAUUGAACUUUGAUGCCCCAGCACAUACGCCCUUUCGGACAGCCCUGGAGCGCACUGUUAAACCAGCGCGGCUGAGUAGACUCGCAGAGCCACUACGAAUGCACGCUGAGAAUGAACUUGCCCCCUUGAUCACGCGCGGCCAAGGCGAUAUCAGUGCCGAGUUUGCAGCCAACUUUGUCGCCCAUGUGGAGUCGGAGUGGCUGAAUCUAGACCCAGAUGUUGCUCCGAUGCUCGCCGUAACUGCAGCAGCGUGGCUGAAUGCAUGGAGAAUGCAGGACGGCGAAACCGUAACAGCCAACUCGACGAAGAUGUAUCAGAUUGCGCGGGACUUACUUGCGGAUCGGCGCCUCAACCCAAGAGACCCAGAAGAAGAUCCAGCGUCUUCGUUGUUGCUAGAAAAGGACUCCGACGGAAACUCAUUGAGCGAGGAGCAUCUGGUGGGCUGCGUGAGACAAUCACUAGUCGUUGGCGUCGUUGCACCACCCAUCUUGAUCGGCUCAAUCUGCAAGCAUCUUUCAGAAGACAAAGCACUACAAAACAAGUUGCGAGAAGAUGAAGCCUUGAUCCCUGCGGCAAUGGAAGAGUUCCUGCGCCUCUAUAGUCCAUACCGCGGAUUCGCCCGAACGACAUCAAAGGUCGUUCAACUGCAUGGCGAGACUAUCCAUCCCAACGAGCCUAUCACCUUAUGCUACGCAGCUGCCAACCGCGACCCCGAAGUAUUUGAGGAACCCGACAAGUUCAUUCUGCAUAGAGAGAAUAUUGCCGCGCAUGUUGGUUUCGGGAGAGGGAGGCAUCGAUGUGCAGGGAUGCCCCUUGCAAGGUUGGCUAUCGAUACCGCUGUUCGUGUGAUUUUACGAGCAACUAGGGACUUCGAAGUUGAUGGCCAGCUUCAGUACUCGAGGAUGCCGGAGUUGGGCAUAAUCAGCUGUCCUAUGAGGUUUUCCCCAUAG